AUGUCCUCGUCCGCCCUUCGGCUGAGCUUACAAAGACUAAGCAGCCGUUCAAUAUGUGAAUCACGGAUAUGCACCUCCAGCCACCAGUUGAGCCGGGGUUUCGUCACAUCAACCGCUCUUCAUUGUGACAGACAAAAUCUCUCCAACCAAUACACCAAUUCAAAGCGGCCAGGGGAAGAGAAGAGAUGCCAAUCUCAAAAACGAACCUAUAGCUCUGGAUUGAAAGGCCUAAGGAGCAAGAAUAAGAAACACAAUGAAGCUGCCGCUCUUGCAUCGGAUACUCCCACAAUUCUAGGCCAAAGUGCUGAUCUCCCGAUUCGAGCACGAUUUGCUCCGUCGCCAACGGGAUACCUGCAUCUAGGGUCUCUGAGAACAGCUCUAUUCAAUAAAUUAGCUGUGCUUGCGUCCAAUGGAGGAGCCUUUAUCCUCCGUAUCGAGGACACAGAUCAGAACCGUUUGGUGAAGGAUGCCGAGGAGCGAUUAAUGAAGGACCUCAAAUGGGCAGGGUUGUCAUGGGAUGAAGGGCCAGACUGUGGUGGACCAUAUGGUCCAUACAGGCAAUCGGAGAGGUUGCCGGUUUAUCAAGAGCACACCCAGACGCUCUUGGAUCAUGACCACGCCUACCGCUGCUUCUGUACCCCUGAGCAGUUAGAGGCCCAGAAACGUGAACUCCACGAGGCUGGCAAACCAACUAUAUAUCCUGGAACAUGCCGCUCCAUUGGUGCCGCCGAGUCGGACCGGCGGGCAAAGGCCGGAGAGUCUCAUGUCGUUCGCUUCAAGAGCGACAAGUUUGGUCGACCUAAGCUUCAUGAUGCCAUUUAUGGGCGAUUCCAAAAGAAGGACAUGGAGGAAGACUUCAUUCUCAUGAAGACAGAUGGAUUCCCUACGUACCACUUAGCCAACGUGGUCGAUGAUCACUUGAUGAAAAUUACGCACGUAAUUCGUGGUGAAGAGUGGCUCAUUUCGACACCGAAACACGUUGCGUUGUACGAAGCUUUCGGCUGGCAACCUCCGACGUUUGCGCAUCUCGGCUUGCUAGUGGACCUAGACGGCAGCAAGCUCAGCAAACGAAAUGACAGCGUCAACAUAUCCAAAUACCAGACCGGGGGCACAUUCCCUAUGGCUCUGCUAUCCUGGCUCGCAAACCUCGGAUCCUCAUUCAAACGUGACGUGCAGCCACCUCGGACGGUGGAGGAUGUGGCCAACGCUUUGACAUUCAAAUUUACACGUGGUGGUAUCAAGCUGAACUUGUCAAAGUUAGAGUACUUUAAUAAUAGAUACCGUGAUGCAAUGCUCUGGAAGCCCGUCCCGGCAUUGGUAGACCAAGAGGCAAAGCUCAUCGACCAACAUCUGACGCAGCCUAUAUUGAGCGAAAUCGAAGCAAUCACAAACGGGAGCAUCGAAAGCGCCGAGUUGACCGCAAGAGCCUGGCAGCUACCGCUUGAACUUGUCCCGGCACUAACCGAUCCCGCAAAGAAGGGUCAAUACAUCUACAAGGCGCUUGUAUCCAAACAGGGAGGCUUUCAAUCGCCGAGCGAUCUGAUAUCACAGCACCCAUAUCUCUUUUGGCGUGUGCCGUCGGACGUUUACAAGACUUCUCUCGCAAAGGCAAGGCCUGAGCAAAAGGUCCUCGAUGCUCUCGAAGAGGCAAUCUCGCAAGAAUCUUCCUGGGACGGUGAUUGCAGCCAGGUGAUGCAGGCCAUACAGUCGAAGGUGGAGCCUCAGGGAGUCGACCAGCUCACAAUUCACAAUGUGCUCCGAGUGAUCGCGGCUGGUGGGCAGGAUGUCGUCUCUCAGAGCAGUUCCAGGAUGUUUGCUCUCCUGGGACGAGACGAAUGGACACAUAGAUUGAGCGUUGUCAAGGGGUUUCUAAGCAACAUGAACGAGAACUAA